CACAGGAAGAUCACACCAUCCCUCACCAUCAUCAGGUAGAUGGGACUAAGCUGUAUGUAGAGAUUCUUUAAUGUUAUCUCGUUUGCUAUUACACACAAAUUUUGUAAUCUUUGGGGUUCAGGAUGAAAAACUGAAGGAGAUCAAAGUUGAAGUUAAAGAGGAAGAAGAAGCAAGAGGAGAUCAACAGUCUAUGGAGGAGGGAGAGAUGAUUAUAAAAAGUAAACCCAAGGAAUAUUCUCUACAUAUAAACACAAAUGAACAUUGUGCACAAAACCGGAAUACCUCUGAGGGACAUUAUAUGUUAUCUCCAGAUUAUAAUGUAGAAGAUAAAGUCAUCACACAACAUCCUCCAGAAGUAAAUCUCAUUACUCAUAAUAGACAUCACAGACCUCACCAAUCGAGAUCAAUGGACCCCUCUAAUCCUGAGGAACUUUCUCAUAAAUCACCUUCUGUUACUCCAGAAAUACAUCUCAAAUCUCAAACUAAUUCCGAGGGAUGUUCUUUGAACCACGAAGGAGAUCACACAGGAAGACAUUCUUCCAAUAAAAAGAGAGGUCCUCUUAUGCACCGGAGAAGUCACAAGAGUGACAGUCCUCAUUCAUGUUCAGAGUGCGGGAAAAGUUUCACACAGAAAGGAAGCCUCCUUAUACACCAAAGAAUUCACACAGGUGUGCGUCCUUUUUCGUGCUCCGUGUGCGGGAAACGUUUCACUGCGCAAGGAAACCUUCUUCGACACCAGAGAAGUCACACGGGUGAGCGUCCUUUUUCAUGUUCGGAGUGCGGGAAAUGUUUCGUGGAUAAAGUAAACCUUCUUCUGCACCAGAGAAGUCACACGGGGGAGCGUCCUUUUUCAUGUUCGGAGUGCGGGAAAUGUUUUAGCCAAAGAGGAAACCUCCUUCAACACCAGAGAAUUCACACGGGUGUGCGUCCUUUUUCGUGUUCGGAGUGCGGGAAAUCUUUCACUACAAAAGGAGAACUUCUUCAGCACCAGAGAAGUCAUAUGGGUGAGCGUCCCUAUUCGUGUUCAGAGUGCGGGAAAUGUUUCACUGCAAAACGAAACCUUCUUAGACACCAGAGAAGUCACACGGGUGAGUGUCCUUAUUCGUGUCCGGAGUGCGGGAAAUGUUUCACUCAGAAAGUAAGCCUUCUAAAACACCAGAAAAGCCACACAGGUGAUCGCCCCUUCUCGUGUUCAGAGUGCGAGAAAUCUUUCAUUACCAAAGGAGAGCUUCUUCAACACCAAAGAAUUCACACGGGCGUGCGUCCUUAUUCAUGUUCAGUGUGUGGGAAAGGUUUCACUGCGAAAGGAAGCCUCCAUAAACACCAGAGAACUCACUCGGGUGAACGUCCUUAUUCAUGCUCUGAGUGCGGGAAAUGUUUCACAGACAAAGGAAACCUCGUUCAACACCAGAGAAGUCACAAGGACGAGCGUCCUUUUUCAUGCGCCGAGUGCGGGAAAUGUUUCACUACGAAAGGAGAGCUGGUUCAACACCAGAAAAUUCACACAGGUGUGCGUCCUUAUUCGUGUUCAGUGUGCGGAAAAUGUUUCACCGCGAAAGGAAACCUUCUUAGGCACGAGAAAAGUCACACGGGCGAGCGCCCUUAUCCAUGCUCAGCGUGCGGGAAAUGCUUUACCGCAAAAGCGAACCUUCUUCAACACCAGAGGAAGUCACAUGGCUGAGCGUCCUUUCUUUCACGUUCAACGUGUGUCAUGUUACAACCAAAAACGUAAAUGUAUUUUAUUGGGAUUUUAUGUGA